AUGGUCGCCCCUGCCCUGCUGCCUGUGCUCACCCUCCCUUAUCCUCUCGUCCUUCUUCCUACUGCCCGCACCCAGGUCGCUCUCGACGAAGCCACUGGCUCGCGUCUCAUCGAGCUCGUCCAGCGCUCAGACGCCCCACAACUCACCGUCGGCACAGUCCCCAUCUCCACCUCCAACUCCCUCCACUCCUGGGGUACUCUUGCUCGCGUUGUCCGUGUCGUCCGUCCCGUUUCAAGAGGUCCCCAACGGUUCUACAAUGUCACUCUCCAAGGCCUCUCGAGGAUCCACUUUCCGGACCUCGACCCCACACCCAUCGGAGUUGGGCCGAACGAGCUCCUGGAGCUCGCCGUCUAUAUCCCUACCCAGGAUGGUUGUCCCUCGCACGAGGCCAUUGGUCCUUUCAGGUCUGCGGCUUCCAAGCUCCUCGACUACAUCGCACAAGACGCAAACCAGCAAUCCCGUCGGGAUGUGUAUCUCAAGAUCUCACAUAUGAUAGAGGAGGUCUCAGAUGACAGGACACCAUGGAUGGCGGACGUCAUCGUCGCUGGCAUCAACAAGGUCGAGUACGACGACAAACUCGCUUACCUCGCCGCUGCUGGCCCUGACCAACGUCUCCGUCGCGCCACAGAGCUGUUCAUCAAGCAGGCAUCCAUCUCCGAAGUCACGAAGAAGAUUGCGCAAUCCGUCGACGAGUCCCUCUCGAAGCAGCAGAAGGAGUUCUUCCUCAGGCAGCAGCUCGCCGCCAUCCAGCGCGAGCUCAAUAGCCUCAACCGCUCGUCACAGAAUUCCGAAGCCCCAGGGGCACGGACGCCCAAGACGCCGUCGGAGCUUGACGACAAUGAGCAGUCGGAGGCCGACGAUAUGGCGGAGAUCAAGUCGAAGAUCGAAGCCAUGGCGAAGGACAGUGACGAGCGCAAAAUGGCCGUGCGAGAGUGGAAGCGGUUACAGCGCAUCCCGUCCGGGAGCGUUGAGCAUGGCGUCAUCCGUAACUACCUCGAGUGGAUUACGUCCAUCCCGUGGCCAUCGUCUGCUGCGUUUGCGGCCUCCACCUCCGCGGACAAGCUGAGAGACCGUUCUUUCCUCACCUCUGCACGGAAGCAACUCGACGACGACCAUUACGGCCUGGAGAAGAUCAAGAAGCGGCUCAUUGAAUAUCUCGCCGUCGUCCGUCUGAAACAACUCCAAGCCGAACGGGAAGAACUGGCGGCGUCUUCGGCCAUGUCUUCUGCUGCGAGUUCGAACGAAGGGGCUCAGCGGUCAGAAGGUGACUCCAACUGGCUUGCCAUCAAGCGCAUUAAGCAGGCGCUGAAUGGGUAUGCCACAGGCGUGACAGAGAAGCAGUCGGUGAAGACUUCGCCGCCACUUGCGCCUCGGGCGUCUGGCGCGAGCCAGAGCCGCGGCGCCGCAACGAAGGCGGUCAAGGGACCCAUCCUCCUGUUCGUCGGCCCUCCCGGUACUGGAAAGACGUCACUUGGACAAUCGAUCGCUCGCGCCCUCGAUCGUCCUUUCCAGCGGAUAUCGCUGGGUGGUGUUCGUGACGAGGCCGAGAUCAGAGGUCAUAGACGUACAUAUGUUGCCAGUGGGCCAGGAUCCAUUGUGCAGGCAUUGCGCAAGGCAGGCAGGCCAGACCCUGUGAUUCUUCUUGACGAGAUCGACAAGGUCGGCCACAGCAACUUCCAUGGUGACCCUUCCGCAGCGUUGCUCGAAGUUCUCGACCCCGAGCAGAAUCACUCGUUUAACGAUCACUAUAUCAAUGUUCCCAUCGACCUCAGUCAGGUACUAUUUAUUUGCACGUCGAAUUCUCUUGAGACGAUGGCCUCGCCCCUGCUCGAUCGUUGCGAGAUUGUCCACUUGUCUGGCUACACAUAUGACGAGAAGAUCCACAUUGCACGGAAGUUCCUCCUGCCCAAGCAACUCAAGGCCAACGGCCUCACCCCCGAGCACGUCACCCUCACCGACUCUGCGCUCCUGCACAUCGCGACGCAUUACACCCGCGAAGCCGGCGUGCGGUCGCUCGAACGCGCGAUCUCCGCCGUCGUCCGCUACAAGGCCGUCGAAUGGGCGGAGUUCUCGGACGUCACCGGGAUCACAGACGUCUCGCAAGUGCCCGCGCCUGAGGCGCAGGAGAAGUUGGGCAGGGUGUACCGCAAGCUGGUGGAGGAGCAUGAGCUAGAGAAGAUCCUCGGCAUCGCACGGUGGGACGAGGAGGAGAUGCAUCGGGAGGAGAGGCGCGGCCUCAUUUAUGGCCUCGUCGUUACAGGCAUGGGCGAGGGCGGGAUCUUGCCCAUCGAGACGACGGCGGUGCCCGGCACGGGCCAGCUGAAGCUCACAGGCAGUCUCGGCGAGGUCAUCAAGGAGAGCGGCGAGCUCGCGCUGAGCUGGGUCAAGAGCCACGCGUUCGACCUGUACAUCACCAAGCUCCGCUCCCAGGACCCGCUCAAGGUGCCCGACCCGAUCGACAUCCACCUCCACCUCCCCUCCGGCGCGGUCAAGAAGGACGGCCCGUCCGCGGGCAUCGCGAUGACCUGCGCGUUCGUCUCCCUCCUCACGGGCGCGACCGUCCCCGCGUCGGUCGCGAUGACGGGCGAGGUCACGCUCCGCGGGCGCGUCGGGCCCGUGGGCGGGAUCAAGGAGAAGGUGCUCGGCGCGCACCGCGCCGGGGUCGCGAAGCUCAUCCUCCCCUGGGCGAACCGCAAGGACGUCGAGCACGACGUCCCGCUCGAGGUCCGCGCCGAGGUCCAGAUCGUCUUCGUGCGCUCGAUGGAGGACGUGCUCGAGGCCGCGUUCGGCAAGGGCGUGCUCUCCUGGCGCCGCGACGUCGUCGUCGCCGGGCUCGAGAGCCGGCUGUGA